AUGGCUGGAGUUUCAGUAGCAAUACCUAAUUUUUCAGGCGGUAUGGAUGAGGAUAUUAAUACUUUUGUCAGGAGAUUUCAUGGGUUUCUAGAUAGUAUUAAUAUUAAUGUAAGAGAAAACACACAAAGAGUUCAAGCUACAGGUCUAUUCCGAAGUGCUUUGUCUGGACCUGCUGCAAAUCUUCAAGCUAGAACUAUGGUGCAGAUGAAUACUUCUAAUAGUUUUAGACCACAUUCUUCAGCACAUGCCUUUGCAAAUCAUCCUGGAAAUAAUGCAAUUACAGUAGGGGCAGUAGAGGCUAGAAUGGUCCCAAGAAAAGCUUUUGCAGAAGAUUGGACUAAUUCUGGUGGAGCACCUACAGAUGAUGCGCCUAGAUUUACUGGUGCUAGUGGUGCUGUUCCUAUAAUAUUAAAUGGAAUUCAGCUUGGUCAAGCUAUUUACUACUUUGAAAACUUCUAUCCUUCAGUAUUAGAAGAAAGACGCAAAGUGCAAUUUGGUACUCUUGAUCAAGGUAAUGAUCUGGUUAAAACUUUCUAUGAAAAAGUUAAAAAAUAUGGCAAACUACUGAAUUUUGUUAAAAAUUUAGAAAAAGUUGAAAAACGCAAAUCUGAAAUGAAAAUAGGCUUAUCCAAGAGAACAGGAGAUACUGACUAUAAAAGCCAAGUACAUAAACCAAGUUCAGGGUUUUCACCAGAAGAUGUGGAUAGAAUGAUCAAGAGUAUUACUGAAAAAAUUAUGCAAAAUUUUCAAACUCAAAUUCAGGAAUUACAAGCAAAAAUUCCAACAGUUAUAAAGGCUCCAGCAAAAGGAAUGACAAUAUUAGAUAAUUCCGAGAAACAAGUCCAAACAAAUGCUUCUAUUGAGAAAUGGAAUAAAUUCUUAAAUGAUCAUAAUCUUAAUGAUGAUUUAGAUGAACCCUAUGAACCCUAUGAUUCCAAUAAUUUUCUUCCUGCUGGCCUUCCAGAUACUUAUAGAGAUAAAAAAGGAUUAAAUUCCUAUGAUAAGGCUGAAGCUAGAUUAAGACAACAAAAACUUGAUAAGGAAAUUGCUGGAAUUGCUGGUCUAUUUAAUAAUCUUAAUAUUAAUGAUCCUGAUGCUAUGGAUACUAAUUUAGUUCGGGAAAUUGCAACUAAUGAUGAUGAAUAUACUCUCCAAUUAGAAUUAACUGGUUUGGGAUUAACUAAGAAAACUACAAGCAAAGAAAUUCAGAAGUUUAGUGAAGCUUAUUCUGAUGAUUCUAUGGAUAUUGAUCUUUUGCGCCUAGAUAAUAAAAAAGAUUUAGCAUCAGUUGAAGGUGUAGUAGAGGGAAAAUUAAAACUCCCAAUUCUUAUAGAUUCAUGUUGCAAUAAGUCUGUUAUGCCUGAAGAGAUUUAUAAAGAACUUGGAUUAAUACUUGAUACAAAUAAAAUUUGCAAACUUUCUGGAGCAUCAACUAACACUAAAUCAUUAGGUACUGUUAAAAACGUUAAAAUAACUUUGGCACCAGGAUGUACUAUAACAGAUGAUUUUGCUGUAAUUGCAAACUAUCCAUAUCAUGAGCUUAUUUUGAACCGACCUCGUCUUAGAGAAUAUAACUAUGAUUUACUUGAAUCUAGAAAGCAUAUGGCUAUUACUUGUAAUGGAAAGGACUUAUUUAUCCCUAUAAUUCCAUCAAAAAAUGAAUACAAAAAAGUAAACUCGCCAGUAUUGGAAGCAUUAUAUAAUUAG